AUGAAAGGCGUGUCUUCUUCCUGGUCGGAAAAUCCCUUGUUUGGUUUCAGUUCCUCAUUUCAAGUUGACUACACUUCCAAAUGCUUCAUCUGUAACUAUUGAGUUAGGAAGGCUUGAAGCAUUAAAUGCAGGUGUGGUGUCAGCAGGGAGGAAACUGCAGAGUUUCAUGAAGCGGUUGUAAGAAAGGAAGUAAUCUAUGUAAGAGAGCGCUGGAGGAAAGAAGCUGUGCAGUUUGGUAACGGUAGGGUACACGGUAACAUCCAAUGGGGAAUUUUUUUGGACUGGGCAUCAGCUUGAGGGAGCCAACCUCCUUAGAGGAAUGCGACUCGACGUGGAAUUCGGACUCCGAGACUGAAGAGUACGUAGGUGACAGGGCAUCUGGCCAAACGACACCAACCCCGGAGAGAAAAGAUGACACGGGAGAAGAGGAAACUGAACAGACUGAUAGGACAAUUGAGCCUAUACCCAAACCAAAGAGAAGCUUUUAUGCGGCAAAAGAUUUGUUCAAGUAUCGGCACAAGUACCCACAGAAACUUAAAGAUAUGAGAUACCACAAUGAUUUGUGCAAUCUAAGAUUCUAUAUGAACAAAAUUCCAUUCAAACCUGAGGGUGUUUAUAUAGAAGACAUCCUAAGUCGGUGGAAAGGAGACUAUGAGAAGUUGGAGCAAAACCAUACCUACAUACAGUGGCUUUUUCCACUGAGAGAGCAGGGACUGAACUUCUACGCUAAAGAACUGACCACAUUGGAAAUUGAGGAAUUCAUGACGACAAAAGAAGCUGUCAAGAGAUAUCUUUUGGCUUACAAACUAAUGCUUGAUUUUUUUGGAAUAAGACUGGUAGAUAAAAAUGGAAAUGUAGCACGAGCCUCAAACUGGUGUGAGCGAUUUAAACAUUUAAAUGAGUCCCAGCAUAACUAUUUAAGAAUCACUCGUAUUUUAAAAAGUCUUGGAGAACUUGGAUAUGAACAUUUCAAGCCACCUCUAGUGAAGUUUCUGCUUCAGGAAGCCCUUGUAGAGGAGACUAUACCAAAUAUCAAGCACAGUGCACUAGAAUAUUUUGUGUACACCAUCAGAGCGAGGAAGGAACGGAGAAGGUUAUUGCGUUUUGCACAGCAACAUUAUACGCCUGCUGAAAGCUUUAUUUGGGGUCCACCUAAAAAAAUAAAAACUGAAGAAAGGAAGGUAGCUGUUAAGCCUACAGAUACACCUUCUGUUGUUUUGGAUAAUAAAGUAACUCUAGAAGAGGUUGGUGAGCAUAAAAAUCAAAUUAAAUCUGAAACCAGGAGUAAUGAAAACAGACAAAGCAAGAGCAGUGGAGAAGGAUCUGACACUUCUGCAUCAAGCCCAGAACUGAAUGGAAAUAAAAAUUGUGUGGAUGAAGCAGAAAUAACCUCUGAUAGUGAAUGCCACAAUUUCAAAGAUGGGGUUGGUAUACCACCCCCAGAAUGAGACUAAUUAAUUUGGAGGUUUAUAACUUGCGCAUGAGAUUACCAAUAUCCAAGACUGCUUUUAAGAUAGCUGCACAUUAAUGGAUUUAAUGCCUUUGUGUGGGUAUGUACUGUGGGUAUUACAACUGCUCAUUGACAUUAAAUUUCCCUUUGUAACUGAAUGGUGAGCAAAGCUUAAGCUUAGUCAGAUUAGGAAUAGUUUAGAACAAACAAGACUACUAAUCUGAUUUUUUUAUUUGUAUUUUUUAUUUUAUAUAUUUUUGCCUUUUAAGAUUUUAUUAAUGUAUGAAUAUUUUGUUUUUUGAAUUCCAGCCUACUUCUGCUUUUAAUCAGUAUGUACAGAAUUUCAAAUUUAUUGGAAGUUUUUUUUUUUAUUCUCUACUUGCUUAACAAGUAGAAUGUCAGAAUCAUAAAGUUGAUUUCAAAGUUGUAUACUGUAGGUACCAUACGUUUAUUAAUUAGACAAGCAUGUGCUACCUCCAGAUUGGAACUGAAGAAUGCAGACACUACUUUAAAAGCAGUUUUCUGCAUCUGUUGAAACUUAGGAGCAAGAUUGCUUCAUAUAAUAUGUAGUCCUAUUGAUGGCCUUUUGAGUCAUUGACUUUUAGUAUUUAGUAGAAGUACAGCGAUGAGAAAUUUCCUGCAAGGGCAGAGUUUUUUUUUGCAGUUUUAGGAGUUUUUUCUGUAAUAUAGAAAUUUGUAAUAGCAGCAUUUGCACUAGGUGAGAGCCACUUCUGUCUUGCUGAUGCUGUCAAAGUUUCCCGACUUGUCUGUUUAUACAGUAUACCAAGCCUACUUUAACUUUUAAUUGCAGUGAGUUUAAUAGCAGAUUGUGCUAUUUUGUAAAGUGCCUAAUUUGUAUUACAGAGCACCAGUAGUCCUUCACUGACAAACAGUAGUUUCAAGUCUUACACAAGAAGGUUCACAAAUGCUAGAGCAAACAUUGGAAAAUAGCACUGAGUAAAUUUAAUUUUCUCUAUAAAAAUGAGUUCCUUUUUAACUUUUCCAUAUUUUAUCAUAAAUUCACUAGACCACCUUCAGCUGAUGAUUUGGCUCCAUGACGGAAAUGUUAAUAAUUUAAGAUCAAAAUUCAGAAGAGGUGAUCAAAAACAGCAAUACAGAAUUCACACAUUAAAUUAUAGAAUUUACUAUAAAACAUUUAAAGCAACUUUGCAGGAGCUUUGCUCCUGUGCAUCCCCCAAAGUGUGUGUGUGUGUGUGUGUGUGUUGGGGGUGGUGGCACAGUGCCACUAUUGUAAAUAUACCAACUUUGACACUACUUACCUCAGAGUGAAUUCUUUAAGAAUAAAGCAGCCUAGAUCUUUUGAUACAGAUUGCAUCUGCUGUACAUUAGUAAAUGCAUGUAGAGCAUCAAUCGAUGUUUCACAUUUCUGCCUGGUACCAAUGGUAUGUUUUCAAAAUUUAUUUUAAGUUUUCUAUCAUUUUUGUGUACAUUCCAUUAUUAUUUGUGGUCAGUAAGUGGAAGUCUCUACUUAUUGUAGCUUACAUUCAUUUUCACAUAUUUUAGUGGAAAAAACAAACAACAUUUAACAAUAUUUCAGAAUAUUCAUUGAGUCACGUUUGGUUACUAAAGUCUAGAUACUGUGUUUUAUUUCUUCUAGAUUGUAUUAUUGACUACUAGAUUAAUGCUUUAUUUUCACAACAAAGGCAAAUAGUACAGCAGAUGAAAUGAGUAACAUACCAAAGGUUAGUUUUAGAUAAAUAGUACAGCGGCUGAAAUGAGUAACAUACUAAAGGUUAGUUUUAGAUAAACAGUACAGCAGCUGAAAUGAGUAACAUACUAAGGGUUAGUUUUAGAUAUCCAAAUGUGCUGCAGAUGCUGUAAAUUAUAAGUUACUUUAAGUUCCAUGCAGUGCUUCUCUAGACCAAGAGGAGGUAAUGCAUACCAAGAAAAAAGCUUUUCACUUCUUGCCAAGAGCAAUCUGUAGACCUGACUUUGUUACUUUCACGGAUGUGGCAUAUUUAUCCAGGCGUACAUUUACUGUAUCAAUCAGAUUUUUAACUUUGGUGGUGGCAUCUCUGUUUAACAGUGUAUAAAUAAAAUAGCAUGAGCAAAAAGCUCAGAAAAACAUUUUUCUUUUAGUUCCAGCAUUUUGUGGCCAGUGCCAUUUCUUUAAUGGCAUGCAUAUUCUUUAGACAUUUUCCACAUCAUUAUGCAUAAUGAUAUUUUGUCUGGUUGUCUUUCGACUUUUCCCGGUUAGGGGACUCCACAGUGGAAGUCUGGUCUGGUAAUGACUGGCAGUGAGUUUUUAUAGUGUCAAGUUGCCAGCCCGGCACCCAACCUUCAAGGAAGGCACACCCCCACACGCACCUAUCUGCAUGUCUUUAAAUUUACUCAACUGUGGGGAGGACAUGCAGACUCUGCA